AUGGAAAAGCAAGAGGUGAAACUUUUUACGCGUGAAGAGCUUAAGAACCGUAGUUCGCGGGAAGAAUGCAUACUGAUCAUCCACAACGAAGUCUACGACGUCACCAAGUUUUUGGAGGAGCACCCUGGCGGCCUUGAGGUUCUGAUGGAGUUAGCUGGUAUGGACGCCUCAGAGCCAUUCGAAGAUGUCAGUCAUAGCUCAGACGCAAGAUCGCUCAUGAAAAAGUACAAGAUCGGCGAGCUAGUGGAGGCCGAUCGCACGCAGGGUAAGGCCGCGUACGCCCCGCAGUGGAACAACGACCAACCCCAGGAGCAGGGCAAUUGGAGUUCGUGGGCCCUACCGCUCCUGCUGGGAAUCGCGGCGACAGUGCUGUACAGGGUCCUAUUCUUGUAG